AUGUCGGAGAGGAAGAAGUUAAGGAAUCAUGUGAACGGCUACACGAACGGCGACAACGCGGAAUACAUAAUUCCAACCUCAAUACCACAAGAACCCGUCUCCGUCCAGCGUACUCCAUGGAUCCCACCAAAAGACUCCAAACUCAUCCACCCUGGCACCGCCCGCGCAAACCUCGCCGCCACGCACGACAAACCCUACGGCACGACAGAGAACAAAUGGUCCGAAAAGCACGCGCACCAAACCGUGCUCCAGCAACACGUCGACUUCUUCGAUCAAGACCGCGACGGCAUCAUCUCGCCAUACGACACAUUCAUCGGCUUCCACCGCGUGGGCUUCGGCAUCGUGCUGUCCAUCAUCGCCGCCUUCAUCAUACACAUCAACUUCAGCUACCCGACGUCCACGUCCUGGCUGCCGGACCCGCUCUUCCGCAUCAACAUGGUGAACAUGCACCGCACGAAACAUGGCGGUGAUACGGGCGCAUAUGAUAAUGAAGGACGGUUUGUGCCGCAGAAGUUUGAGGAAAUAUUUAGUAAGUAUGCGGAAGGACGGGAGUGGAUGACGUUUUGGGAGGGUGUGGAUAUGCUUAGGGGUCAGAGGAAUGUCAAUGAUAUUAUUGGGUGGGGUGGGGCGACGUUUGAAUGUAAGUUGUGUGUACGCAGGUAUGUGUGA